GAAAAUGGUUACCCUUCUAUCCAUAUCCUAUCCACAUCGGGUAAUUUGUUUUACACACCUGUUGUAAAUUCACGCUGUUGUAGCGCAAGCAGCGAAUGGCUUCCUCAUGUCUAAUUCAAGGUAUGCGCCUCACAUUUUUGUUUAAAUUCUACCUAAACGUCUGAUGUGCAGCAACGUGAUUUCGUUUUGAGCAGGCAGUAUAUAUAAAGCGUAACUAUUUUUUGUAUUUUUACAACAUAUUGAUUUCGAGACACGCGACGACCCACAAGUAAUUACUGCAUCGAUCUACGAACGCAUCCAUUUUUCCUGGGCUGAUUCUGUUCAAUGUUGUAAUCAUUGAACAAAAAAACACGUUUUAAUCUUCUGAGCCAAACCGGUAUUUUACUCUUGUAGUCAAUCGUCCUCCUCCUCCCAUUGCCCUCCAGACCUUGUCUGGACAAAUCCCUUCAGUGACAGGAUGAAACUUACUAAUCAUUGGGGAUCAAUGAGGUCACAGAAGUAAGAACAAAGGGCAUUUGGCUAAAGUUUGACUUCUAAUCAAGAGUGGGUGGGGGAGUCAGUCGUUGGAGUGCUAUGUGUGUCCAUAGUCUGUUCCACUCUGAAUUACCUCAUCAAAUGGGCCAGUAGCGAAGCUGAUUAAGGGACAAUUUACAGUAGGAAGGGGAGGGAGACAGUGGGCCAGCCAGAAGGAAACACCGGUCAGGAAAGGAAGAACCAGCCUGCCUUGAUUAAUGGAAGUCAUGAGACAUAGAGCAGGCCCCAGAACGGAUAGCAUAAAUGAGAGGGAGGUGAAGGUGAAAGAAAAGAGAGCGACGGUCAUGAUAUUGAUGGAGAACAUUGAGAUGAAGCUGUUUGCCUUUGAGGCCCCGUCACAAGUGGGUCAACUGCAGGAAUCCCAGUUUAAUGACCCGGACCCAAGCCCAGGCCCUGAAGAGCCUUACCUUGAACACCCCCUGGUGCCUCUAAAUGAGAUUGUGACAGAGCCUGUUGAUAAACAAAAUCCCAGGAACACUACAGAAUCUCCGUCACUCACCAGGAUGGAGAACAAGGGACCACAGCCCCCUAUGAUGAAGAUGGAUAACGUUGAGAUAGAGAUGGAGGUGUUUCCGUAUACAGGGAUGACUGAGGAGGACCUGGUGGACAGAUGGUCUCGCGCCUCUUCGACCCAAGGAGCGCCCACACCCGAGGCCCCCCACAGCCCUCCCACCAAGCUGAAGUGGAGGAGGUCGGUGCCCGAGAAGAGGGGUCUGGUGGUGAAGGACGUCGUCUGUCUGCCCAGCGGGCACCCUCGGGGCCAGGAGCUCAGUCACAUCGUGCCCUGGGGCGGGGAGAGGGCAGAGCUGGAAGCCCUGGGCCUCGUUACCAGGAUGUCCAUUGACGACUCCUGGAGUGCCCAUGAGAUGGAGAGUCGGCUGGCUUCUCUAUUCAAGAGACGGUUCUCCAGCAAACAAGGGCAGGCGGUCUCCUUUACCUACCUCAAGUGUCUGCAGGGCUCUCGGGUGUUAUUUAUCCCUGACUUACCGCCUCAGUCGGAUUGGACUGGGAAGCAGGUACUGAAGAUCACAGGACACGGACCCCUCUAUGUCCUCUGUCACCAUGACUACACUGAGACAAAAAGUGACUGUGUGGCUGACAGGGCUCAAACUUUGAAAAGACAGGAGUUAUGUUUGGAUGCCAAUAAAGAUGGUAUACAUGACGUUAACCCUCGGGAUGAAAUUAGGGUAUCCCGUUUAUCUACCCCCACUGUUGAAGAGUCUUUCCAGGAGACUUUGGAAGUAGAUGCCAUCCUCAGACUGUUCAGGGAACAGAACAUGACCGCAGAUGUCCAGACCCAUUUCCAUGUGCCGAGGUCGGCAAUCCUCAGCAGUGCCUUCGCAGCCUUGAAGAAUCCCUCCUUCAGCUUCAGGACGACUCCCAUCCUCCACCUCGUCGGAGAGGAGGACCAAGGCCACGACGGGUCGCUCGGAGAGUUCUUUAGACUGGCUCUGCUGGAGGUGCAGGAGAGCUCCCUACUGGAGGGCCAACCGGGCCUUCUGUUGAUGACCUAUGACCUGGUCGCCUUGGAAGAAAGGCGCUACUUUGCUGCUGGAGCACUGGUGGGCUGGUCGCUGUGCCAUGGAGGACCAGGCCUGCGCUGCCUUCACCCGGCCCUCUACCAGCUCAUGUGUGGCCACAACCCCUCAUUGGAGGACUUCGACUGGAGGGAGGUGGCGGAUGCAGACAUUCAGGUCCAACUGCAACAGCUACUGAAUUGUGGCUCAGUCCAGAAGCUCAGUCCCAGCCAGUGUGAGUGGGUGGCAGGCUGUGGCCUCCCAGAGAUCUACACAGCCCACACCAAAGAGCUUCCCUCCAUCUAUGCUUGUGUGGUCGAACACUACAUCUACCACAGGCUGGAUAGCAUGAUCUCACAGUUUACAGAGGGUGUGAACAGCUGCGGUGGUCUAUGGGAUAUCAUGAAAGCUCACUCUGUGGCCUUCCUGCCUGUCAUGACAAACACCUCAGAGCCUGUGUCUCUCUCGAGAUGUUCCAGGUCUCCUCGACUCUCCCAGAAUCUGAUCUGACAGCCUCUGAGAGCACCAUCACCUGUUGGGAAACUUUCCUCAUGAGAACCAGACCACCUUCUCCUUUGAGGACCUCCUUGCCGUCAUCACAGGAGCAGAUCAUGUUCCUCCAUUGGGCUUAUCAAGGGACCUCAUUCACCCAUUCUCUAGCCAGGACCCACACACGAUCAGUGUGCAUCUGCCCUACACCACCACCACCAUGGAGCAGCACCUUCUACGGAGAAUAACCACUCCGCCUGGCCUUAAGGACCUGUUGAUGAAGGCUGUAAACAAGUCUUGAGGCUCUGGACAAAUUCUGAUCAGCUACACUUUUAACUCACUUUGAAAUGGUGGUCGACCCAACAUAACUAUACGUUUCCUGUGCACCAAUCACAUUCUCAAAUGACAGUGGCUCUUCAAAAGUGUCAGUGUGAGUUAUUUUAAGACAUCAUAUGAAGGCAACAUUGUUUCGUAAAUUGAAAUUUGAUGCAUUGUAUGUUGUAAUGUCAGCCCAUGGGGUAUUUUAUCAUAUUAAUAUUUCAAAAUAAUUUCAUACUUCAAUGUUUUUUAUUUUUAAAACUAAGACUGAAUUAAAACGUUUUUUUUAAAUGUAUUGCAUGGCUUAAAGCAGAACAACAGAUUUAAUGAGACAGUAUUUUUAUUGAGUAAUAUUCUACAAAAUAUGUCAAAAGCACACUCAAAAGAAACAGUACGUUGCAUAUGAAACGUUCAGCUGAGAUUUAGCUGUCACAUGACAGGUACAUGACCUGUGUACUUUCACGGUCCAACAGUCUUUUGGAGUCUUCUCACUGUGACUUUGA